AAAGUAGUCCAGGAGGGAGGAGGAAGAGGAGGUGAAAGUGUGAACAACUCGGCCCCUCCCGUUUCCUCUAGCCGCCCGCUGACCGGACCUUCGAGUCAGAACGGCACCGAGCAGCGGGACGAUCGCUUGGUCUCCAAAGACUCUCGUUCUUUUUUUUGUGUGAAACUUCUGGCUUCAAGCUUGGGGACCAACAUGCUCUUGGCGGGACUGUGUGUGCCUCUGCUGGCGUGCUGCGCGCUGUGGCCGGCUGCGGUCUGGGCGGCGUCCUGUGAGCCGGUUCGGAUCCCGCUGUGCCGGUCCAUGCCCUGGAACAUGACCAAGAUGCCCAACCACCUCCACCACAGCACGCAGGACAACGCGGUGCUGGCCAUCGAGCAGUUUGAAGGGCUGCUGGGUACCGGCUGCAGUCCGGACUUGCUCUUCUUCCUGUGUGCCAUGUACGCUCCGAUCUGCACCAUCGACUUCCAGCACGAGCCCAUCAAACCUUGCAAGGCUGUGUGCGAGCGCGCCAAGCAAGGCUGCGAGCCCGUCAUGAAGCGGUACAACCACAGCUGGCCCGACAGCCUGGCCUGCAGCGAGCUGCCGCUCUAUGACCGCGGCGUCUGCAUCUCACCCGAGGCCAUCGUCAAGGCUGAGGGACCAGAUCCAUACUAUCAGGACCCAGCCAGGUGUAACCCAGAAUCCAGUCCUGACUUUCCAAUGGACUCCAACAACCUUCACUGCAGAGGACCCGACCGCUGCAGAUGUAAGACAGUCAAAAUGGGUUUAAAAACCUAUGUGAAGAACAACUACAACUAUGUGAUCCGGGCCAGGGUGAGGGAGGUGAGGAAUCGCGGCAUGGAGCCAACGGCCGUGGUGGAGGUGAGGGAGGUGCUCAAGUCCUCCCUGGUCAACAUUCCCAGGGAGACGCUGACUCUUUACUACUCGUCUUCCUGCCUGUGCCCCCCCGUGACUGCCGGGGAGGAGUACCUGAUCAUGGGCUACGAAAACGAGGAGACGUCCAGGUUGCUUCUGGUUGACAGCUCCAUCGCUCAGAAAUGGAAGGACAAGAUGGGCAGGAAGGUUAAGAGGUGGGAUCAGAUUCUGCAAGGAAAAGCCCGAGCAGCUCAUCGCCGAAGUCGCCACUGAGAUGGGGUCGUGUGUGUGUGUGUGUGUGUGUGUGUGUGUGUGUGUGUGUGUGUGUGUGUGUGUGUGUGUGUGUGUGUGUGUGUGUGUGUGUGUGUAGAUAUUGCACUAUGACAAGCUGUUGUAGCUGAAUGUACUUCAUCUCUUCAUGUCAAACAUUUAUCUUUGCACAAACAUCACUUAGCGCGCGCUCAGCAUGUGUGUUGUCGGCCAAUGUGAGAGCAGAGUGGGCGGAGCCUAACCUGAGCGCAUCAUCCUUUGCAGUUCUCCCGCCAUAAAGGGGAAGUUUUGUCACUUUUCACAGCGUGAGCAGUCGUCAGUGAGCUGCCCUGGUAAAAACAUAAUCAGAUGUUGUUGUUUUUUUGUUAAAUAGCUGACAUGAUCACAGGUGUACAUAGCAUUAACCCUUCUGUCUCCAGCAUACAUAACAUGCUUUGUUGGCAAGGGUGUCCAAAUUUUUUUUUGUUUUACAGUAAAAUUCUAAGGGAUCCAUUUUGAUAGUUUGUAUAUCAAAUAUGCUAAAAGCAGAGAUAUGCUAAAAUAUCCUAACAUUGUGACAAAGCAAAUUCAGGUCAUAGAUUAUAAUAUACCUCAUUAUGUUUACCAAAUGCAAAGAAAACAAACUGAAAAAAUUGAUUGUGGGCCACACUUUGGACACCCUUGGGUUAAAAACAAAAAGACGCAAAAUCUUGCUGAUGCUGCACAUGAAUUGGACACAUUAAUUCUUUUUUGCAGCUGUUUAAUUUAAAUGAAUUCAAUUUCAAAUGAAAGAUACAUAAUAAAAAAGCUUUUUAUAAUGAA